AUGGCAUUGUCCACGGGACAUGUCGCCAGCCAGUUACGGCACCUCAUCUACUACCAACUCGAUAAUAACCUAAUUCGCAACGCGCUCUUUCUCGCCAGCCGUCUCCAUGCCUUCGAACCGCGAUCCUACGAGGCGCAAUAUCUGCUUGCGCUUUGUCACCUACACAAUGGCGAAGUGAAGGCUGCAUUUGAUUGCAGUCAGUCUUCGGGUUCUCUGGGUCUACAUGCUGGCUGCGCUUAUGUUUUCGCGCAAGCUUGUUUGGAUUUGGAGAAAUACUUGGACGGCGUUGCAGCUUUGGAUCGCAGCAAGCAUCUAUGGGUCACCAAGAAUCACUGGAACAAGCAUAGCGAAACACAAAGACAGCACCUUCCGGAUGCUGCAGCUGUGUUCAGCUUACAGGGAAAGCUUUGGCAUGCUCAUAAAGAUUUGAACAAGGCAGUUGACUGUUAUGUUGAGGCACUCAAGCUGAACCCAUUCAUGUGGGACGCGUUCCUAGGACUCUGCGAAACGGGUGUCAACAUUCGAGUCCCCAACAUCUACCAACUGAGUCCAGAACUAUUUGCAAUGAUAUCCUCGUCACCAAAUGAAGCACCCGCAGUAUCAGACAACAUCCCUGCUGCAGAAUCUCACCCUAUGCAGCCCCCUGGUCACCCUGUAUCCGAUCCUUUUAUGGUCCCCGCAUCCCGCGGCGACGCCGAAUCCACAUUUGGAAGCUCUGCUCUCUUUGAAAAGUUCAAUGGCAGCUCUGUCGCUGUGGCGCAGCAAGUAUUCCACGAUGGUAUGGAGACCCCGGGAGCACAGAGCAGUGGCUCUGAAGAGUUCCGCAUCGCAAAUGGUGUCACCGAUCCUGAAUCCACCUGGGAUGCACCUAUGGCCCCGGCUCGCAAGAUACGCCCAGCUCAGACCAUGAGCUUGGAUCAAACCGGCCAAGCUCCACCCCGAAUGCGCCCAACAGGAAUUAGGCCCAAACAUAAAACAAGAACAGACCCAGAGGCAUAUCCCACUGUCCCAAUGGAAAGAGAUCCCCUUCCUGCCCCCAGGUUUGGUGAUCGCAAGCGCACAGUCUCUGGGCAAGUUGCCCAUCCCCCUCCUCCAUCACAUCCGGUUGAACCAGGUGCUCCUCAGCGUCGAAGCGUUCGCUUGUUCAAUCAAAUCAAGCCUACCACGAGCAAACUUUCUAACAGUACACUAAACAGCACGCUUGCCGGAAAAGACGGCCGUGAGAUGAAGAAAUUAAGAGCCCAGUCAAGAGGACGACUCGGAACUGCACCCACAGUCGGCCGCGUUGUGAGUGGUAACCGAAAGCCCAUGGAAGCACCCGACAAUGACAGCAAGGACUAUCGUACUGGAUCAAUGCCACCACAUCCUCCGGUUCCUCCAUUGCCCAAGAACGCCGAGAAAACAAAAGAGCUCGAGGCUUUGAACUGGCUUUUGGGGCUUUUCAAUAAGCUUGCAUGUGGGCAUUUCGCAUUGAGUCGUUACAAGUGCCAAGAGGCUAUCCAGAACUUCAAUUUACUCUCUCAAGGUCAGCGCGAGACUUCAUGGGUUCUUGCUCAACUUGGACGGGCCCAGUUUGAGCAAGCGGCAUAUACAGAAGCUGCCAAAUAUUUCAACAGGGUUCAAAUGUUGGCGCCCUCUCGCCAAGAAGACAUGGAAAUCUACUCAACUGUAUUAUGGCAUCUGAAAAGCGAUGUGGAGUUGGCAUACUUGGCGCACCAAUUACUUGAGUCUGAUCGGCUAUCACCUCAGGCAUGGUGUGCCAUUGGCAACUCUUUCUCCCACCAACGGGAUCAUGAUCAAGCACUGAAGUGCUUCAAGCGCGCUACAUUGAUUGACCCUGGAUUCGCUUAUGCCUUUACUCUACAAGGACAUGAGUAUGUCGCCAACGAGGAAUAUGACAAGGCAUUGGAGGCUUACCGCAAUGGGAUCAAUGCCGACAAUCGACACUACAACGCCUGGUACGGACUGGGAACAGUGUACGAUAAGAUGGGCAAACUUGACUUUGCCGAGCAACACUUCCGCAACGCAGCUAGCAUCAACCCUACUAAUGCGGUAUUAAUCUGCUGCAUCGGUCUGGUUUUGGAGAAAAUGAAUAACCCCCAGGAAGCGCUGGUCCACUACGGCAGGGCCUCCACGUUGGCUCCACAAUCAGUCCUGGCCCGAUUCCGCAAGGCGCGCGUGCUAAUGAAGCUGCAUGAAUUCAAGUUUGCUAUGGCAGAAUUGAAGAUUCUCAAGGAUAUGGCGCCGGAUGAGGCAAACGUGCAUUAUCUGCUAGGAAAGCUGUACAAAGUGCUCCACGACAAGGCCAAUGCUAUCAAGCAUUUCACUGCUGCCUUGAACUUGGAUCCAAAGGCUGCACAAUACAUCAAGGACGCGAUGGAAUCCUUGGAUGAAGACGAGAUGGAGGAUGAGGACAUAGCCUGCAUACUUUCCGGCCUGCGUGACCCCGUCAUCUGCAGCGGGCGAUUAAGUACCUGGGCUGGGGUGCCCAUUCUAUUUCUGAAAGUAUGUCCCCUCCUCCUGAUUAAAGUCUCCGAUCUGACCAUAUAUCUCUCCCCAGCAUCUCCUCAACAAACCGUCGCCAUGUCGUUCGGCUCCUAUAUCGUGUCAGGCGUUAGCUCCUUUGUGGUGGUAACAGCCUCACUCUUCGCCCUCGGUCAGAAAGUACCUCGUGCUGCCUUUGCCGCCCGGUGUCUUGCAUCCUACGGCUGCCUACUCGUGGCUGCCGCGUACGGCGUGGUGGUCUCAAUCUGCCUGCGGCUAGUUGGAUAUGGUCGUAUCUCACAAUGGGCUACUGGGCGCAGCUUCAAGUGGUUGAUGCGCUUCACCACCGGUGUCAAGUUCGAGGUCAUCGAGGGCGAGGAGUACCUCACUACCCGUCCGGCUGUCUUCCUUGGUAACCACCAGACCGAGCUGGAUGUGUUGAUGCUAGGCUGUAUCUUCCCACCCUACUGCAGUGUGACUGCUAAGAAGUCUCUGCGCAACAUUCCUUUCCUGGGAUGGUUUAUGGCCCUCUCUCGUACUGUCUUCAUUGACCGUGCCAACCGCGAGACCGCCCUCAAGGCCUUUGAUGGUGCUGCGGAUGAAAUGCGCAACCACCGCCAGAGUGUUUUCAUUUUUGCUGAGGGUACCCGGAGUUACUCUGAUGAGCCUACUCUUUUGCCUUUCAAGAAGGGUGCUUUCCAUCUGGCUGUUAAGGCCGGCGUGCCAAUUGUUCCUAUUGUGGCGGAGAACUACUCCCACAUUCUGUCGCCUCGUGCGUGGCGCUUCAAUGCCGGAACUAUCAGGAUUAAAGUUUUGCCUCCUAUCCUGACCAAGGAUUUGACAUCGGCCGAUGUGGAUCAAUUGACAACCUCAACCCGAGACUCGAUGCUCAACACCCUGACUGAAUUGUCCCGUGCCCAGAAGGAAAAGGUUGAUACUGCCCACACCAACGGUGUUUCCAGCGCCAUUGAGAUCUAA